AGAUCUUGUAAGAUAACAAAUAAUAUUGGGUCGACUCUUCGGACAAUACUUACAAGCAGCUUCCACAUAUAUAAUCAGUUCAAAUGGAUGUUCAGUCCAGGGAACUCACCGUGACUUACAAAAUUGUCCCACCACCAUCUACGGUAGCUCCUCCGUCCCUCUCGCAGGAGACGACUCAUAGGUUUCCUGUCGUAUCUCUGCCUGCUUCGGAGUCUCAGGAGGACAUUGACUCAGAGCUGAAGAGAUAUUAUGCAUCUCUGCGAGCAUCGAUUGCAGAAGCUCGUACAAAACUCGGAGAAGAGUUGACCGCUUGGAGGGAUGCAGUAGGAAGCGCAGAACUUGGAAAAGAAAAGUCUGUAAAAGCUGAAGCCGACGACGAAGGAGAGGAAGAGGAGAACGCAGAGGAAUGACAUUAGACAAGGAUCAUGUAGUCCUCAGUGAGCAAAGUCCUUGUAGCGUACAGUUGCAGUGCAGCACGUCAAUGAGAUGAAUUUUGAACAUGGUCGUCACAAAAUCAAUGAUUCCUCUUCCUCAAUUCUACCUUGGCUCCUUUCGAUGACUCAUUCCCAUGAGAAGUGGCUGGUCCAAGAGGAUUGCCGUUAGGAACUGCGAGGGGGCUAUGUGAGUGCUU